UCAUUAUUCAACAUAUAAUCAACCUCUGACCUCCAAUCAACUGGAUCUUUCAGAGCUGCAGAAAUUUGAAAGUAAUUUUAGUUACUUUAUUUUAGGUAUUACUUUGAUUAAUUUUAGUUAAGCCAUUAAAAAAACAAACAAACACAGACUACAUAUUACUAUUAACAUGAGGGCCUAUAUGAGGGUUUGACUACCAAUUAGCCAAACAGCUAAUAACAAUGUCCAACUCUUGAGAAUACAAAAUCUGAAAAACCUUCAGUUCAAAGACACCCAACCAUACACUCACACACUCACACCUAGGGGCAAUGUAGGGUAGCCAGCUAACCUGAUGCACAUGUUUUUGGGAUUGUGGGAGGAAACUGGAGAAAACCCACACAAGCAUCACACAACAGGGAGAACAUGCAAACUCAGGGCCCAGAUUGGGAUUGUGUGAGGCAACGGUGCUAACCACUUCACCACGGUGCCACCCUUGAUUAAUCAGUCAGUCAAGUUAUAGAUCAUUACUCUGUAACAAUGAUGAUGAUCAAUCAAUCAAUCAUUAAAGUAAUUUUUCUAAGCAGUGCACAUUGCUGCUUCUUAGUCCUUGGUUGAAUCUCAAAUGUGAGGAUUUGCAGCUUUUCUUAGCUCUCUGUGAUGGUGAAGUGAAUAUAUUUGGGUUUUGGGCUAUUGGUCUCUUUGGGAUAGGCAAUGUUUUGUGGCACUUUAUUGACCAAACUAUUAAUUAAAAGCAAUAAUUAGCUGCAUUUCAAAAACACAGUAACAGCUGUCAACACUGUCAUCAGAUAUUGUAUGAUAAAUGAUUCACAGACCUCACACUGUAUCCCAAUGAUGAAACACAAUGACAGUGUCUUAUCAGCAUAAUCACCCCUGCCCAAAGUCAGGUUUUGACCACAAAGAAGUUCCCAUGAAGUGCAGAGGGGAAAAAUUUGCUCGAAACAAGACAGAAAAGAGAGCAGAGGGCUGGUCUGGUUGUGUGUUCUAACUGUCACACUGUGGCUCUGAACCUAGUACAUGAUUUCUGCAGUACAUCCUGUCUGAAUAAGUGACAUUUACCCAGAGACUGUGGUUGAUGCGCACUGACUCAUAGUUGGAUGAAUGCCUGUGUCUACUGGGGAUUCCUCUAUCCAAUGGGGAAGCCCAAUUUUGGCUGCACACCUUUGCAAGACCACAGUUAGCUUUUACAUUGGUUUUUAGAAGAAUUUCCCACGGCUCAGCUUAAAAUGUAAAUGAUGGGAGCCAAAAACGUAUCCCUGGUAGAUUUAACUCCAUUUAAGUAUUUUGGUUCUUUGAAUUCUUGAAGUUAUGAGGCUGUAGACACUUGUAUCAAAUGUGCAAUUGGCUGAAAGUGAGGACUUUCGAUUCUUGUCUGAAACUAAAAGCUCCAUUUCCACAUACAUCAGUGGAUGUUGUUGUUUACAUUUGUAGCUUAAGAUCUCAGUAAUUGAGAAUUGCUACUCUUUUGUCAAUUGUUUUGUGAUUUAGCUUUCAGGUCAAAACUUGAUUGAUUUGGUUUUGGUUAUGAUCAUGAUGUUGUCAUUAGGUUAAGAUAAGUUAUUGUGUGGUGAGGUUAUGCACAGGUGAUUUGAAUACGGAUAGGGGAAGGUUCUGCUGAUGGUUUAACAAUGAGUGAGAAAUGCAAUGGAAAGUGAACAGCGAGCUGAGAAGUGCAACCCAAACACACUCUUCCUCCCCUUUGUCUAUGCUGUUUGUGUUUUCGUCCCAUGGAGGUGGGACAGAGCUGUUGAGUCACUGACUGAGCUACAUGGUUGAGACCACACUGCACGCGAGGGUCAGAGGUGAGGUUUCCUCUGUUAGCUCUGUGUAGUGUGUACACUCCCUCUCAUCCUUCCCCUGUCUGUCUGGUGCCUCUCUGUCGCUUUCUCCGAGUCUGCUGGCACCAGACACCAGAGGCUUGAGCCUUGACUAAAGCGCCUGAACAGCAUCCUCUUCAAACACAGCAGCCAUGGACCUGCAUUCAACGCUUGGAACCUUUCUCUUUUGCCUUGGUCUACAGGGGAUUUGUGCAGGACUUGUACAGGAUAACUGUACAAACUACAGGCUCCAGUUUGAGAGGGUUUACUCUGUUCCCGGGAAUGUGGCUAUGCUGAAUAGCACCCUGGUGUCUCCGGAGGUCUUUGAUUUCACAGCUGUCCCUUACAACAUCACCUGGUAUGACUCAAAGACAGGCCAGGAACUGAGCAACCAGACUGGUCGAAUCCUGGUGCUUUGGGAGACCCUGUGGUUUCUUAACGUAACGCUGGAUGACAGCGGGGAAUAUGUGAGCAUUCUGAGAACUCCCUUUUGGUGCUACAAACAGGCCACCAAGCUGGUCGUGGAACAGCCUGUGACUGGAGAGUGUGGCAGGCCAAGAAAAGUGGGUCAAAAGCUUACGAAGGGAGUCACUGACAUGCUGUCCUGCCCUCUGAAGAAAUAUAUCAAAAAACUGGACAGCUACAACAUCCCUUCCUUCCUCAAGUGGUACAGAGGUUGUGAGCCCAUAGUAGAUGGGACAGAAAGGUAUACCUACUGGGAUAAGGCCAAACUGAAGAUUGAUGGCGUGGAAACUGAAAACAGUGGCUUCUACACCUGUACUCUGACCUUCGCUCUUGGUGGCAUGACGGGAUCUGUGUCAGAGACCAUUGAUGCAUGGGUCACAGAUGAAUACUCUUUGGCUCCACAAGUGCACGAACCGGCCAAUGAGAUAAUCAAGGCAGAGAUGGGGUCCAAUUUCACCAAACUGUGCCGAGUGUUUGUGCCAUGUGUUGGGAAGCCCUCUGUUGAUAUCGUUUGGUUGGCCAAAGAUGAUUUUAUCCUGAACACCAACCCUUCUGACCGUGUCUACACGUCACAACAACGUUUGCAGAGACAGGAUACUCCUCAGAAAGGUGUGUGGUUGGAGCGACUGCUGACGUUUUCUGAACUGAUUGAAGAUGACUUCUACAUCAACUACACUUGUCGAGCGUAUAGUGCAAGGGGCUCUCCUGAGGGAUACUUUACUCUACUGCCACCAGAUCCCAACAUCAUACUGCCCAUUGGAUUUGUGCUUGGUGGCGUGGCAUUUCUCUUUAUCAUCAGUGUCAUCAUCUAUUACCUCUUCAAGAUUGACAUUGUGCUGUGGUUCAGGAAAGUGUUUCCAGUCCUCUAUACAAAUACAGAUUCUGAUGGGAAGCUCUAUGAUGCCUAUGUGGCAUACCCUUCACCCUGUGUCAUCGGAUACAGCAAGGAAGUGGAGACCUUUGCCCUUCACACACUGCCCCAAGUGUUGGAAAAGGCCUGUGGCUACAAACUCUUCAUACCAGGCCGUGACUGCCUGCCUGGCCAGGCCACUGUGGAUUCGGUGGAAGAGAACAUGCAAGCCAGUCGUCGCCUCCUUCUGCUCUAUACCGCUUCCACUUUCACCAGCAAAAGACACACAAGCAGCACCAGUAGCAACAACAACAACAACGACACCUCUAAGGACAGUAACAGCAUUGACAAGGUCGAAAGCAAGACAGUAGACAUCAGUAGCAGCAUGAGUUAUGAUGGUUGUGCAAGGCUGCAGCUGGAGUCUGUGGCAGCAAUGCACCGUGCGCUGCUGGAGGGAUCUCUCAAGGUGGUUCUGGUUGAGCUGGAGGAAAUCACCCCGGCUCAGUUGGCUCUUUUCCCAGAGUCAGUGCGUCACCUGAGGAAGAAGCAGGGUGCUGUGUGUUGGUGGAAGAACCAGAGGCAGACACAAAGGUGGAGGACAUGUAUGAGGAUGUCAGAGGACGAGGAGAAAUGUGGAAAGGACACACAAUUGAUGCCAUCCCUCUCCCCUUCCUUCAGAUUUUGGAAGGAGAUGCGGUAUCACAUGCCAGUGAGGGGCAAAAGAGUGGUAUACCCAGAGAAAACUGCCCUGCUGAAUUUAUGAUGAGGUUAUUGUAUGCAUGUGCCAACUUCUGGACCAGACAGCAGCUGGUUACCAGUAUAAAUGUGAAUGGAAAUGAAUACCUUCACACAGAGACAAUUCAGAAAUACUGUGUUGUCACCAGAAGCUGUGAGGUUUAGUCUGGGGUUAUAGAUGUAGUUUUCCUGCAGGUGUCACCUCAAAGGGUACAUUUUCCUUUUUGAAGAGGUGUGAGUACUUGGGUAGCACACUUCUGAUAGCAAAAAGUCCCUAACUGUACCACAUACAACACAUGCCGUCAGCAGAGUAACUCAUCAGUGAAAGGUGGAAGACGCUUUGCUCAAGGACUCAAAGGCAGCUCAUACCUGAUGUGCAGAUCAUCACACUGUCUGGGCUAUCCUGAGACUGUCUGCAUGAACUGUUGACAUUCCCUGGCAGAAGGAGACAGGACAAUAACGUGGACAAAGAUGGACUGAUGAAACCAAAAGAGUAAAAUAUACAUAUACAUGAGUGUAAAUACAAGAGUGUAAAUAUGUAAAAAGAAAAAAUAUUUCUCCAGUGUCAUAAAAGAAUCAAGCGGCAAAGCGAGUUUCAUAUAAAAUGUACAGUUAUUUUUUUAAUGGUACUGAAGAACAGUACAGAAGACAGGAAAUGUAAUGUAAUGUUAAUUAUUAUUUAAAUGUAUUUUGUCUUUUAGUUAUGUGUAAAGACAUUUUUUGCAACAAUGCAACUAAAAGCACUGGGUUAAAACAAAGGAAUAAAAAAUCAAGCCGUGUGCCGACACUAACCAUCACUGCACAAUAUGAGUUUUUUUUCCAAAGAAAUCCCUGGGUACCAGUUUGGAAAAAAAAGAUUCAUUUCCAGGGGAGGUCUUUGUAUAAAAGUGUGACUAUUUUGUCAAUAAAUGGCAAAUUUGCAAAUGAAA